AUGGCUUCAGGACGCACUCUCAAGCUCAACUCGGGCUAUACCAUGCCCGUAGUUGGUUUGGGCACCUGGCAAUCCAAGAAAAACGAAGUUCAACACGCCGUUACUGCAGCUUUACAGUGUGGAUAUCGUCAUAUCGAUGCUGCUGCCGUGUAUGGCAAUGAAGCCGAGGUUGGAGAGGGAAUCAAGGCAUCUGGGAUUCCUCGUGAAGAAAUCUUUCUCACAAGCAAAUUAUGGAACACUCAUCACGAACCCGAGCACGUCGAGGAGGCCGUUGACCAAUCUCUUCGUGACCUAAAAACCGAUUACCUUGAUCUUUACCUAGUCCAUUGGCCUGUCGCAUUCCGUCAUUCCACCACUACAAUUCAACCAAUCGAUGAAAAGACUAGCCUUAUUGACGUGGUUGAUGUUCCAGCUAACGAGACUUGGAAAGCCAUGGAGGCACUUGUCGCCAAAGGAAAGAUUCGCUCAAUCGGUGUUAGCAAUUUCACAAAAGAAAGAAUCGAGGAUCUGUUGAAGACUGCGAAUAUUCCUCCUGCUGUGAACCAGAUUGAAGCUCAUCCAUAUCUUCAGCAAAGAGAUUUGCUGAAGUGGAGUCAAGAAAAAGGUAUUGUAGUGACCGGGUAUUCGCCACUCGGAAAUAAUAUUUACAAUAUUCCUCGCGCGGUCGAUGAUGCUCUGGUUAUCGAAACCGCAAAAAAAUUGAAUAAAACCCCUGCACAGAUCUUGAUCAGCUGGGCAAUUCAGCGAGGAACCGUCGUGCUUCCCAAAUCAGUCACUCCGGAACGUAUCAAAAGCAACUUCCAAGAUUUCAUCCUUCCGGACGAUGCAUUCGAGGCUAUCCAGUCCUUGGAAAAGCAUCAACGCAUGAAUUUCCCUGCACGAUUGGGUGUUGACAUCUUUGGAGAAGUUGGAGAGGAGAGUGCGAAGAAGAGCGCAUUGGAUUGGGCAGAACAGCAAAGGAAGUUUAAGCAGGGAGCUUAG